UGUCAGCCACGUCGAUCGGUGUGAUCUGGAUUCAUUUAUUUCGCCCUUCGCGUUUAGACCAAUGUAGUCGAUGCUGAACACAUGGAUCACCUUCAGAAUGUAACGUGAGUGGAAGGAAAUGCUAGUUGGUUACCAUGUUGGCUGUGAAGAGAAUUAUUUUCUGUAAAGACUGGACAUUAAGUCCAUAUUCAGCUGCAGUAACAAGAGUGAUCUGUAAAAUGAAGGAACGGCCCGAGUUUCUGGUUGACCAUCGAUCGCCCUCGUCUGUUAAAUUCAUAGAAAGGAGCAUUCAUUGCUCUGCCUUUCUAUCUGGUGGUAACAAACUUAUGAAGAUGAUGUCCAAGAAGAAGAAAAAACUGUGGUAUGAAACUCCUCUACAGUCCACAUCUUUAGGUCAGACUGGCUUUUUGAAACCGUCAAAGAAGACAAAUCAAGAAGAUAGUGUUCGUGUGAUAACCCUGAACAACAUCAUCUACAAAGCAGUGACAGACUUACUUUGUUCCUAUGAGGUCAACUCCGAGAUCCCUGCCUACAAUGUACAGAUUUCCAAAGUUUCACUACCACCAGAUUUCUCCUCUUGUCGAAUAUACUGGAAGACAAGUUUGUCGACUGAGGUAGACCGUCACAUUCAGCAGGCUUUAGACAAAUGUGCUCCUCGUAUACGCUACCUUCUCAUCUCACACCAAAUCCUUGGCAGCGUUCCUCCUGUUGUCUUCAUCAGAGAUAAACAGUAUGCUGCUGUCAUAGAGGUUGAAAACCUUCUCAAGAUUGCAGAUUAUGGUUCAGAUGAAGAUGGAAACCAUUUAUCCAUCAGUGAUGUUGGGGUCAGAAUGAAUCCAAUGGAAUCUGGAGAAAAAAAGAAACCUGUGUUGUUUGGUGUUGAUCACGAUGCGCUGCAUAAACAAAUUGAAGCUUAUAAACGAGAGAAGGCCUCGAGAGACUCUCUCACACAAAGUCCUGCAGGAGGACUAACUCAAGAGCAGCUGGACAAGCUAGCAGGCAUCAGGAAGCAGAAACUCAUAGAGAAAAAGAAACUUAAAUCUAAACGGGUGAAGGAUGAUGACAUCACUCCAAAGGAUUACCUGCUGGCCAGGAGCCUUCAAAAAGAGGAAAAAGAGGAGCAGGACAGCAGUGAGGACAACCUGGUGGAUAGACAGGUCUCACAACUGAUGGCAGAGGACAACAUCAGACACUGAAAUUAACUAUUUUUGUGACUUGCAAUGUUAUGCGGUUUAGCGUAUUCUGUCAAAUAAAUGUCUUGGAAAAGAG